ACACUGAAUGUAAUUGAGAUAAAUUUCAUACCAUCGAAAAAGAUUGAAGCAUAAAGAAAACAAUAUUUACGUCAAAUGAUUAGAGAUUCGCUGUGCAACCACAGAAACUUCACUGUGUUUUCAUCACUUGUACUUCUCCACAAAGGUAAACAAAAAUACUAAUGAUAAAUAUGGACUUCUCCGUUUUAUUGAGCGUUUUGAUCAUGCAUAACACUGUCAUUUCCAUACAUCGAGGACCGAAAAAGCGUAUUCGUGGCAAGAGCUCGACAAAAAGCAGAACGUCAACAGAGCGUGAAAUGUUCUGUUCGAUGCACGAGGGAGGUCUUCGAACGCCUCGUUUCUACGUCAGCCCUGUCUCAGCUAAUUUCAUCCUUGGGGCAAGUCUCCUCGUCUCACGCCUCGUGCAUGCUGAAGCAGCAGCAAUGCUUACUGGAGCGAGACAUGGCAGCACGACAAGACGUCGGCCUCCCGGUGCACAAGCGGGAGGGAGAACAAAAGUGCGUAUCCAGCGCGCGAAGGCCAUUUUAGGCCGCAGUCCUUUGCCUAAUACGAACAACAGUUGCAGCAGUGUAAAUAAACUCGUGUCUGCUUGUGUGUCUCAUCUUCGUGCCGGGCUGCUCAGGAUUGCUAAAGGAUGGGAUAGUGUCUUGUGCGCUGUGCUCAUCAUUUCAGAGCGCUGACAAGUGCAGCUGAGAGGUUUUCCAGACGAUAAGCCACAGGACCUCAGACAAGCUCUCGAGGGAAGAAAACAUGAUUCCUCGAUGCCUGUUGUGGUGGAUGCCUGCCUUGCUAUUAACCUGGACAUCAUGUAACGCCUCCCCCGGCAAGCGCCUGGUCUUCAUCCCAAUGCCGUAUUUCAGCCACACCAAUUAUCUGACCAACGUGGCCCGGUCCGUUUCGAAGCUGGGUCACCAGGUAUGGAUAACCAUGCCAGUUUACCUGGCUGAGAGAAGCGUACUGGUCACGUCCGGCUUGCAGAUCAUCCACUACGAGACGGACCCUGACAUCGAGCAGCGAACCGUCAGCGUCUUCUCCGAUAACUACUUCCGAGGCGAGAGGGAGAACUACGAGGGCUUUCUCCGCCAGACGAGGGAAAACGCCGACAUCCUCCUUCGAAACAGCACGUUCUUGGACGUCAUCAGGAGGAUCGACCCAGACCUCAUCGUCAUCGACAACGUGCCCAUGAUGUACAUCUUAGCCAUCAUUCCCUACCGGCUGGGCAAGCCGUUCGCCUUCUCAGGGUCCGCCUACGACCCCAUCUCCAUUGGUGUUCCCUUUGUGCCAGCGUGCACACCGCAGAUGCUGCUGCCCUAUAGCGAUAAGAUGACGUUCUUUCAGCGGCUGGCCACCACCACGCUGUGGCUGCUGCAGCUGCUGUACAACCCUUCCCUCCCGGAUGAUGCAGUGGCUACAUACGCCCCAGAAAUGCCUCUGAUACCCCUGCGGUCGCUGGUGACGCGGGCCGAGAUCUACCUGGUAGAGAUGGACAUAGUCCUGGACUACCCCAAGCCGAGCGUGCCCAACGUCAAGUUCAUCGGCGGCGCGGCCGCGGGCCCGGCCAAACCUCUGCCGCCGGAGUUCAAAUCCUUCAUGGAUGAGGCCAUGGAAGGCGUCGUCGUCGUAUCUUUUGGCAGCUACGUGCUGGACGUCCCUGCCGUCAUCUCUAACAAGCUGUUGGCCGUGUUCAGGAAGUUGCCCAUGAGGGUGGUGUUCCGUAUGAACCUGACCUCACCGGACCCAUCCAAGAUCUUGACCGCCGCUUGGUUGCCGCAGAACGACUUGCUGGGCCACCCUAACACUCGUGUGUUCGUCAGUCACUGCGGGAAGAAUGGUCAGUACGAGGCGCUCUACCACGCUGUACCUGUCGUUGCCACGCCCCUCUUCGCAGACCAGCCCUACAACGCCGAGCGCAUGCGCGUGAAGGGCAUGGCGGAAGUGCUUGACCUGCACGCAAGCGCCGAAGACUUGGAAGCCACCAUCUUGCGUGUGGCCACGGAACCGCGCUACAAACAGGCCAUGGUCGCCGCUUCCAAGUUAUUUCGCGAGCAGUACAAAGUGCCGAUGGAGGAGGCUGCUGCCUGGCUUGAUCACGUGAUGCAAUAUGGCGGCGCGUAUAUGCGCUCGGCGAGCCAAGAAGUUCCCCUGUACCAAUACUUGCUUCUCGAUGUCCUAGCCGUUUACCUUUGCAAUCGUUUUGGUCGCGUUGGCUAUCGUUGUGUACCUCGCUUGCUGCGCGCUUAGACUGCUUACAAAGAAAAGAAAAACUGACUGAAAACAGCCAUUAAGUCUCCAUCUUUUUCCAUCCUCCACCCUACCCUGAGUAAGAAGAGGCGCACGAUCUCUAUCCUUUCGCUCCUUCUCUCCUCUUGCUGAAACACUGAUUUUUUCCCCAAAUCGUAGCAAUCAUAUCUAACUCUCACUCCCCGUUGGUUCGUGGCUGAUUAAAAACUACUCACUUGUUUAGGUGUCCAAAAUAUAUUGAAAUAUUAGGUGCCAAAA